CGCAGCUGCUGGUUUGGCUCGUGCAGCAGUGUCUUUAUAUGAACACUCUCUGUCUGUCAGUGAACUUACUGCGUGUUUUCUGUCCCUGCAGCUCACAACAGAUCCACAAACAACAGCUUCACACUUCUAUCAGCCUCUCUCCCACAGCUGGACAGCUGUUUGUGGAACAAGAGGUGGAAAGGCUUGCCACACAUCUGACUCUUAAUGAUGUCAGACUCCUGAACAUCUUCCUCUCUCUGAAGUGGACAGACUUUCGUCGGGAUGAUUUCACAGCAGGUGAUUCACUCCAGCACUUCAGUCAGUGAGGUUGAAUCAGCCGCAGGUGUUAUUAAAGCCAUCCAUCAUUCUGGGAGUCUACCAAGUGAUCACCUGAGUGACAUUAAACACCCCCGCUCUGUGUAGGUAGAUCUGCUGGUUUAGUUUUUUAUGGCCAUUUCUCGUUAAUAAGACACCGGGGGAUAACUCCAUCCUACACUCCUAUCUUUUAUCGAUGAUGUGGAAAAUCUUGUGAUACCGAGAUCGUCUGUAAUCAUGAUGGCCGCCGCCCUCUUUCAAGAGAAGGAGCAUUCCCUCCUCCAGCUGCAGGAGGUGGACUCCAGUCGAGUUGGAUGUCGCGCCCUCCCUCCUCCCCUCAGGGCCUCCUCUCCUGGGUUAUCCAUGGAGAACCAGCCCAUCUGCAUCCCCUCCCCGUACACCGACAUCGGCCACGACUUCCCCCCCCUCCCUUUCUACAGUCCGACCAUCUUCACGUACGCCGGGCCGGGUAUCUCCGACUGCCCCUCUGUCCGUCAGUCGCUCAGCCCCUCCUUGUUCUGGCCCAGUCACAGCCAUGUGGGGCCCCUCCCCCUGCACCAGGCCCAGGCUCGGCCCCCUCAGCCGGUCCACAGCCCCUGGGUGGAGCUGCGGGACGGCGUCCUGAUGGCCAGGUAUUGUGAAACGCUGCUGCAGGUAUUCGUUUAUGCACAGCUGCCUCUGCUGGUGCUGCAUCACAGCCUGGUGUCUGAGAGACACAAUGACUACAUCUGCCCGGCGACUAAUCAAUGCACGAUAGACAAGAACCGCCGGAAGAGCUGCCAGGCAUGUCGUCUUCGCAAAUGCUGUGAAGUCGGCAUGACCAAGUGCGGUUUGCGUAAGGAGCGUGCAAACUGCAGGAACCCCCAGACGAGGCGAGUGACCCGCCUGUCCUCUGAGAGCAGAACCAACCUCCCAAAGGCGUUAAACGGACCAGUGGUGGUUUUAUCAAACGCACCCCUCCCUCCGGCUCUGACCCCGGAGCACCUGAUCUCCAGGAUAAUGGAGGCGGAGCCGCCGGAGAUCUACCUGAUGAAGGACAUGAACCGGCCGCUGACUGAAGCCAACGUCAUGAUGUCGCUCACCAACCUGGCCGACAAGGAGCUGGUCCACAUGAUCAGCUGGGCCAAGAAGAUCCCAGGUGGGUGUGGGGGUGCAAGGAGACUUUAA